GUCGUCACUUGCAAGGAUAUGACGUCAUAUUUCAGCAGACGAAGAAGAUAUCCAUAUUCGAACGGCAGGCGCAGAUAGAAAUUACGUAAAGCUGACCACAGAAGUUUACCAGAAUGCUCGUGGACUGGUUGUCUGUGCUCUUCGGGGCGCUCUGUGUCUAUUUACAGACCAGUAUAAGCGAUGGAGCGUUGCCAAACAAAAGGCAAAUGGAUCAACUGAUCAAAGGAGUGAAAUGGAACUGGGAGCACCAGAAAACUUAUGCAGUAGUGAAAUCUGGAUCAGGAUAUAUUGAUGUUGACGUCGUUUCUAAAUAUAGACUAGAUGGACGAUCGAAACUACCUACAACUAAGCCACCCCGACCGCCAACUAAGAAAACAGUUAAACCACCACGACCGCCAACUAACAAAAAUCCACCAAAACCGCCACCAAGACCGACAACCAAUAAAAAUAAAAAAAUUAAUCCACGACCGCCCACUCAAGUCGGUGGUUCUAAAAAUCUUGCAUUGGGAAAAAAGACAUAUAUGAGCAGUGUUUAUGGCAGAUUCGGAGGACAAUAUUGUGUCAACGGAAAUACAAAAGAUUUUUGUCACACCCGUACCCAGAGGAACCCAUGGCUUCGAAUUGAUCUUGGAGCUGUUAACAACGUUGACAAAGUGGUCAUCUAUAACCGGAACGUUCAGGGAGGACGUUUUAGGAAUGCAUUCAUACAUGUUGGAGUAUCAAUAAAUAGACUGAGGAAAUGUGGGUAUUUCAGAGGACCCGGAAAAAACAGUCAAAAGAUAACAAUCAAGUGUCCUGGUGGAAUGAAAGGACGUUUUAUUCAAAUACAAGCCAGGGCGAACACAAUUUUACAACUUGCCGACGUGCAAGUUUUUGGAAACCCUGUUGCUAAGGGUAAGGUCGGUGGUUCUAAAAAUCUUGCAUUGGGAAAAAAGACAUAUAUGAGCAGUGUUUAUGGCAGAUUCGGAGGACAAUAUUGUGUCAACGGAAAUACAAAAGAUUUUUGUCACACCCGUACCCAGAGGAACCCAUGGCUUCGAAUUGAUCUUGGAGCUGUUAACAACGUUGACAAAGUGGUCAUCUAUAACCGGAACGUUCAGGGAGGACGUUUUAGGAAUGCAUUCAUACAUGUUGGAGUAUCAAUAAAUAGACUGAGGAAAUGUGGGUAUUUCAGAGGACCCGGAAAAAACAGUCAAAAGAUAACAAUCAAGUGUCCUGGUGGAAUGAAAGGACGUUUUAUUCAAAUACAAGCCAGGGCGAACACAAUUUUACAACUUGCCGACGUGCAAGUUUUUGGAAACCCUGUUGCUAAGGGUAAGGUCGGUGGUUCUAAAAAUCUUGCAUUGGGAAAAAAGACAUAUAUGAGCAGUGUUUAUGGCAGAUUCGGAGGACAAUAUUGUGUCAACGGAAAUACAAAAGAUUUUUGUCACACCCGUACCCAGAGGAACCCAUGGCUUCGAAUUGAUCUUGGAGCUGUUAACAACGUUGACAAAGUGGUCAUCUAUAACCGGAACGUUCAGGGAGGACGUUUUAGGAAUGCAUUCAUACAUGUUGGAGUAUCAAUAAAUAGACUGAGGAAAUGUGGGUAUUUCAGAGGACCCGGAAAAAACAGUCAAAAGAUAACAAUCAAGUGUCCUGGUGGAAUGAAAGGACGUUUUAUUCAAAUACAAGCCAGGGCGAACACAAUUUUACAACUUGCCGACGUGCAAGUUUUUGGAAACCCUGGUGCUAAGGUCGGUGGUUCUAAAAAUCUUGCAUUGGGAAAAAAGACAUAUAUGAGCAGUGUUUAUGGCAGAUUCGGAGGACAAUAUUGUGUCAACGGAAAUACAAAAGAUUUUUGUCACACCCGUACCCAGAGGAACCCAUGGCUUCGAAUUGAUCUUGGAGCUGUUAACAACGUUGACAAAGUGGUCAUCUAUAACCGGAACGUUCAGGGAGGACGUUUUAGGAAUGCAUUCAUACAUGUUGGAGUAUCAAUAAAUAGACUGAGGAAAUGUGGGUAUUUCAGAGGACCCGGAAAAAACAGUCAAAAGAUAACAAUCAAGUGUCCUGGUGGAAUGAAAGGACGUUUUAUUCAAAUACAAGCCAGGGCGAACACAAUUUUACAACUUGCCGACGUGCAAGUUUUUGGAAACCCUGGUGCUAAGGGUAAGGUCGGUGGUUCUAAAAAUCUUGCAUUGGGAAAAAAGACAUAUAUGAGCAGUGUUUAUGGCAGUUUCAGAGGACACUAUUGUGUCAACGGAAAUACAAAAGAUUUUUGUCACACCCGUACCCAGAGGAACCCAUGGCUUCGAAUUGAUCUUGGAGCUGUUAACAACGUUGACAAAGUGGUCAUCUAUAACCGGAACGUUCAGGGAGGACGUUUUAGGAAUGCAUUCAUACAUGUUGGAGUAUCAAUAAAUAGACUGAGGAAAUGUGGGUAUUUCAGAGGACCCGGAAAAAACAGUCAAAAGAUAACAAUCAAGUGUCCUGGUGGAAUGAAAGGACGUUUUAUUCAAAUACAAGCCAGGGCGAAAACAAUUUUACAACUUGCCGACGUGCAAGUUUUUGGAGGUUAAUUAGACUCUGUUAACCAAGAGCAUAUACUUUGCUUUUUAGAGAGAAAGAGGCUUACUAUUUCUAGAUUUAAAUGUAUUUUUUUUACAUUAUAAUGUUUAGCCUUUUUAACCCAAAAUAGAGAAUUUUCAAGUAUGUUGUACCAUUGACAGGUGUAAAAUGGUAUGUUGAUAGAUAAUUUUGUUAACUGAAAAACUCUGUUCUUUUUUAGUGUUUCAAAUCGAUAAACAUAUUCCAUAAUCCAUACUUGAAGUAUACUUGUUAUUACCCGAUAGUUAAUACAGUUUGAGUUUAACUUUUGUUGUCAGAGCAACACUAUUGAAACCGCUGCACCGAAUUUUGUAAAUCUUUUAGAUAAUGGUAUUAAGGAUGUUGUUUACUCAGGGUUUGAGUUCUCAAAUCCGGAUUGUUAAAAAGUUCAAUUUAAUGAGUAAAAUUUGUUUUUAAUACAGAAAGUAUUUAUGAAAUGAACUAUUAUUGACAUAACAAUCAAUAUUUUUACUAAAUCAUUGAAUUAGGCUCUGACAAAGGUUGACUUUUAGCAAAGCAGAGGAAAUUCGGAUUAAAUUUUUCAGAUUUUGUUUUCCACUGAAAUAUUUUUGAUAGUACUAUAAUAUUUAAAGUUAAGAUUUUAUUUGUUAGUCAACAUAAUUUUGCAUAUUUUCUGUUGGUUUUAUCUUGCUUUUUCGCUAAGAUAAUCGUAUGGCACACACUACAAAAAUAUUGAAAAAUGCUUAAAAAUGAUAAAAGACACCAUAUCUCAAAAUUUUGAUCAUUGACCUCAUAUAAAUUUUAUGCCAGGAGAGAAAGGUCAUUAUACUUAGUUUAAUACUAUAAAUGUUUUAGCAUUAUCGUCAUUCAGUUUUUUGUUAUAUUGAAUCAAAAAUGGGUAGUAAUUUGAAAACUGAUAGAGGAAAUUCGGAAUAGAAUACCCUAAAAAAUUGUGAAUGAAAACUUAAUUCUUUGAAUCUAUUUAAUGUCACUACCAUUCAUAAACUAUAUUUCAUUUGUCAAAGAAUUAAGCAAUUUGUAUUAUUUUCACAAUUAAGAAAAUCUCAAUCAUAGAGUAAAUUUUUUAUGGAUUUUUCUUAAAUUUUCAAAAAAUAUUCAAUGGCCAUUAACUCAAAAAGUAGGUCAUUGACCUACUUAUUUGAAAGUGAAGAAUAACACUACCAUGUAAGGUCUACAACACACAGUAGUUGGUUUUUCAUUAUCAUCAGUGGAAUUUUUUUUCAUUCUGAGUAAACUUCAUCCUUAAGGUAA